AUGAGUACGAAUCGGCCGCAGUCCAAAACUCCAGCGAGGACACUUUUGCAAGAAUACUGUUCGAACAGUUCCAUCCACGGAGUACGUUACUUCCACCGUGAGGGGCAGUCAAGUUGUGAAAGUGGUUGGUGGAUUGUGGUGUUCUUACUGUCGGUUUGCAGCUGUGGUUUUCUUAUCAACAAAAUCUAUCAAAAAUGGGACGAAACGCCCGUGAUUGUGAGCUUCCACGAGAAAACAACUCCGGUGUGGAAAAUCCCAUUUCCAGCAGUGACAAUCUGUCCGCGAACGAAGUGGACAAGUAGUUGGCUUAACUUCUCCGAAGAGUUCGAAAUCAUGAAGCAUCAUGGAUUUGAAGCUUCAAAUAGAACAGAUGAGAUGUUGGCCCUAAUGCAACUCUGUGAUAGGACGUUCGUAUCGUUACAUGAGUAUAUGUAUUCCUUAUCACCAAAUAAAACAACAUACAAAACCUUCGCGGAUUUAAUCAAAUCUACUCCAGUUCCCUUUGAUGCGGAGGAAUUCUCUUGUGUUUUUCGAGGAGUGAUGUACGAUUUCGACCAUCUUUUUAGCACAAUGCUUACCGAAGAAGGAAUUUGCUACACCUUCAACGGACUUGCAGCAGAAGAUUUGCUCAAGGUCAAAGUGAAUUCUAGUUUGUUUGGAAAGCAUCGGUCCCCACAUUGGACGCUGGACGGCGGUUACUCCAAUAAAGCUAAUCUUACUUCCUUCCCUUACCGCACGAUUGGACCGGGAGCUCUUGCUGGGCUCUCAGUAAUGCUCAUAUCGCUAGAUAAAAAUCUUGAAUACAGCUGCAGUGGACCCGUUCAAGGAUACAAAGUUCUUCUUCAUUCGCCGGCAGACUACCCCCAAAUAACCAACCGGUUCAUUCACAUACCGAUUGAUCAAGAAGUGAUGAUAGCCGUCAAACCACAGAUUAUUCAAAAUUCACGCAAGCUGGAAUAUUACUCACCGAAAAGGAGACAGUGUUUUCUGAGCCGCGACAGGAGUCUGCGCUUUUUCCGCGUCUACACUCAAGAUAAUUGCAAUCUGGAAUGCUUGACAAACUACACCUUGCAACGGUGUGGAUGUGUUCGGUUUUCGAUGAUUCGCAGCGAGGACAUGCCCGUAUGUGAAACCAAACAAAUGUUUUGCAUGCAGGACGCCGAGACCGAACUGUUGGAAAUGGGAGUGGUCGAUGACGAGAGUGUUUCCAAUUUUCACACCAAGUGCGAUUGCAUGCCAGCUUGUACUUCGGUGGACUAUGAUGUGGAAAUAACGCAGAAUGAGUUCGAGGUGGUUGAGUGGGGAGUUGCCUACGGACAAUCGAGGAAGGAUCUGGACGGUUUGUUUGCGGCGCAUCUUAAAAUCUACUACAAGAACGCCCAAAUAACAAAGCAGAAGCGAAGCGAACUCUACGGAAUAACAGACUUCUUGGCGAACUGCGGUGGACUGUUGGGACUGUGUCUGGGAGUCAGCUUGCUGAGUUUGGUGGAGCUCUGCUACUAUUGUUCUGUCCGUCCGCUAAUGUUGUGGAGAGAGUGGAGACGGGUACCUGCAAGAAUUGAAAACGAUAGUCUCCCUGGAGUGAAAUUGCUCGCUGCGACAGAAAUAAGGAGACGAGAUAUUAGAGUUUCAGGAGUGUUCUGAUUUUUUAAUAGAUUGUUUUUUUUCGCUAAAGGUGCAUGAAAAAAAGAUGUCUUAUUCUACCGGUCUAAUUCCCCCCUUUGGGAGGGCGAAGUUGUCCUA